CUGUUAAUUAAGUGGUUUUUGGACCCUGAUAUAAUCUCAAGGCGUGCUCACUGCUAACUAAAGAUUAGGCAGCAGCUAGGACUCUACUUGUGCAGAAUAGAGCAACGCAGCUAUCAAGAUGAGUAAAGAUCUGCUCACAGAACUUCUGGACAGUGUGACAGCUGUACAUGCAUUCAUCUCAACGGAUCUAGCCAGAGAGGCUCUAUCCCCAGACUGCAGUUACAAGCGAGAAAAGUUUUCUCAAAUUCUAAAUGACCUCUGCAACAGGAUACGGUCUGUUCCACCGUCUUUGCGGCCCCUUGUGAAUACACCCUCCAACAAUAAGGCCCCCAAACCACCCCCACCCCCACCUACUGAUAUCCCGGAGAUUGGGGAAGAGGAGGAACAGGAGAUGUACACGGACAUGGAAGGGGUGGGGCAGCUAGAAGAGGUAACGGAUUAUCUCGAGUUUGAGCCCUCACAGAGAAGCGGAGGGGACCUAUCACAAGAGAUGUACGAAGCUAUGGCAGGAGAGCAGGACGAUGAUGUUUAUGAGGAACCGAUUCCUGGCCCACCGGUACAGGAGCCUGUACCAGAGUUGUACGAGGAACCAUCGUUAUCCUCUGACAGUCGACCAAGCACCGCCUCCUCACUACAACCACCCACUCCCUCACAGUCAAGAGAAAACUCCGCCUCGGGUGCAGAGUUCAUUGAAUCGACUCGCGAACGUGCACAAAUGGAACGUUCAGGCGAUGUUUCGACAGAUUGGAACGGGAUUUAUUCACCUCCCAAGAAGGGCAGUGGUGAUUCAAAAGUAGGCAGUCUAAAAGGAAUCAGUAUCAAGGGCAUUCUGGAGAAAUUAGGUGGACACAAUCGAAAGAAUUGGCAGAAACGUUAUUGUGUCAUGUCUGGCCCACUCAUGUAUUUCUAUGAAAAAGAGUCAAGUAAAUCGUACAACAAUUUCAUCUGUGUUCUCAACUUCACUGUCUCUAAAGAGUCAACUUUGACAAACGAAAAGAAGAAACAGUUUGCCUUCAAGCUCACGCAAACAGACACCGCCACUGGCACGAAGAAAGACUACUGUUUUCGUGCCAUCUCCUCAGAGACCAGAGAAAAAUGGAUAGCAUCCAUCGAGAAAGUUACACAGAAAAUUCCACCUCCUAGCAUUUUCUCCUCGUCGGCUUCUGGUAUGGGAUCAUCUGUUACUCUUCCCCGUAUGCCGUCUAGUGGUCACGUUUCUCCCAUUCCCACGUCCAUUCCUAAACCACGGUCGUUCACAACUGUCCAAGAUCUUGGAGACAAUGAAGAUCUAUACGAGGACGUCCCAGCGCCGAUCAUAGAAGAAGAGUCUGAAGAGGAAGAUGGCGGCGAUUAUUUGCCAGUUUCUCCAGCAGCACACGGCGACGUUGAGGAAUUGACAUCAUCUGCCGAGUAUGUUGACGUAGCUCCUGGAGAGGAGAUUCUAGAGGAGACAUACGAAGAUACCACGGCCUUUCACCCAGACGCACCACCUCCACCACCCAUGACCCCACCCCCUGGUCCGCCUACUUCACACCCACUAUUACCCCCACGAGCUCCACAAGAGGUUGCUCCACCCACUCAGAAGCCUGCCUUGCCCCCUCACAUGCCUGCCCCACCCACUCAUAAGCCCGCCCUGCCCCCUCAUACGCCUGCCCCACCCACUCAAAAGCCCGCCCCACCACCCCCUCUAGUAGAGGACCUGCCAAUAGACCUGGACAAGAUGUACAGUCAAGGUUCAAAUGGAAUCGUACUCAAGAAAGUCUACGUGUCACUCUGGGACUUUGAAGCACACGAAAAAGAUGAAUUAGGAUUGAUUAGAGGAGAUCUCAUCCUUGUGAGCGAACCCAGCGAUGGAUCUGAUUGGUGGUUCGGAGAGCUGUUGGAUAUAGAGGCAACAAAGAAAAUAGGAAAACAGGGACUUUUUCCGAGACAGUAUGCGGACUUAGCGUUUGAGGGUGUGGCUAGUUAAGUUGUGUGUGUAGUGAAUCAUGUGUAGGGCUUCUUGUAUUAAAUUUUGUAUAAUAUGUUUUACAUGUGAUAUUACUGUGUGUUUAUACCAAUGCUUUUUUGUACUACAUUUUGAACUAACUUCAGUCUAAAAUUUUAUGCAAACUUGUUGAUUCUUAUUAUGACCUCAUGCUUGCAA